UUCCUAUUUUAUGCUAAGCUGUCACCAGCUUUAGUUAUUAUUGCCUCACCUCCACACCAAUCUCUCCUAUAUAAAUCAUCCUCUCCGAGUUAUCUUCUUCAGCUUUUCUCUCAUUCAUUCUCUAAUUUCCAGAUAUGGGUUCUUGUUCUGGUGUUGUUUCAAUGGCUUUCAUGGCCUGUCUGGUCAUAAACUCUUUGGUAUUCGUUGCCCAUGGUGCUGACUUUUACCAGGAUUUCGAUCUAACGUGGGGUGACAAAAGGGGCAAGAUUUUCAAUGGUGGGAAGCUCUUGUCUUUGUCGCUGGACAGGGUUUCAGGGUCUGGUUUUCAAUCCAAGAAAGAUUACUUGUUCGGGAGAAUCGAUAUGCAGCUCAAGCUCGUGGCUGGCAACUCGGCUGGCACGGUUACUGCUUAUUAUCUGUCUUCUCAAGGGCCAACGCAUGAUGAGAUCGACUUUGAAUUCUUGGGGAAUCUUAGUGGUGACCCCUACAUCCUGCACACCAAUGUCUUCACGCAAGGCAAAGGGAACAGAGAACAACAAUUCUAUCUAUGGUUCGACCCAACAAGAAACUUCCACACAUAUUCCAUCAUUUGGAAGCCCCAACACAUAAUUUUCUUGGUGGAUAACAUUCCCAUCAGAGUAUUCAAAAACGCCGAAGCUAUUGGUGUACCGUUCCCCAAGAGCCAACCCAUGAGGAUAUACUCGAGCCUGUGGAACGCCGACGAUUGGGCCACGAGGGGCGGAUUGGUGAAAACCGAUUGGACAAAGGCACCCUUUACCGCAUACUAUAGGAACUUCAAUGCCAAAGCUUGUGUGUGGUCGGGAACGGGUUCGUCGUGUGCCACGACGAAGUCGGUUUCCGACGGUGUAUGGGAGACCAACGGGCUCGAUGCACCGGGAAGACGGAGAUUGAGAUGGGUUCAAAAGUACUUCAUGAUUUACAACUAUUGCACCGAUUUGAAACGUUUCCCUCAAGGUGCUCCGGCCGAGUGUCACCACAGGUUCUGAAGAAGAAUCAACGGAGGGUUUGGGGAUGUAAAAUAGUUUGAUGGUUUGCAUAUUCUUUUAUGCUUUCUUCUCUGUGUUCGAGUUGCACUCAACUUGAUGCUUAGGGGUCGAAUAAGUUGUUUUUAUUCUUUGUUUUUUAUGUAUUUUCUUUCUUUCUUUUGUUGGUUUUAAUUUAAUCAUCUUGUGAGGUCGAAACUAGCUGUAAAUCCUCUGUUUCUGGUAAUAAAUUUUUUCUGUUUUGAAUAU